UGCAGCCCAGCUUUCUUUCUUUUUUUCCAAACCCUCCUCCUUCCCGUUUCUGUGUCUCUGUUUCUACUGCAAACUUUUCUUUCUCCAGUCGUGCAGUAACUGAGAAGAAGAGAAACAAGAAAUCAACAACAAUGGCGGAUGUGGUACAGUACAAGCUUGAGCGUAUGCUCCCAGAACUAGACGACCUCGAAAAGCGCGCCCUAUUCAGCCGCCACGAAAUAUCAGAAAUAGUGAAACAACGCCGCAAAUUUGAGUACAGGUUAAAGAGACCUAGUCCAUUGAAACAGGAUUUCCUAGCAUACAUUGACUACGAAAAGGGUCUAGAUUCUCUAAGACAACUACGUAAGAAAGUUAUGAUGAAGAAAACCGGGGAUAGGAAGUUGAAAAAGUCGGUUUCGGAUUAUGCUGGAGUUUCGAGGAUAAUUGAGAUUUAUCGAUUGGCGACGAGUAGGUUUAAGGGAGAUAUUGAGCUUUGGUUUCAGUAUUUGGAGUUCUGUAGGGAACGAAGGAAUGGCAGAAUGAAGAAGGCCCUUGCGCAGGCAGUUAGGUUUCAUCCUAAGGUGCCUGGAGUAUGGAUAUAUGCUGCAGCUUGGGAAUUCGAUAAUAACUUAAAUGCUGCUGCUGCUCGUGCCCUAAUGCAUAGCGGCUUGAGAGCAUGUCCAACUUCUGAGGAACUGUGGGUAGAAUAUCUUCGAAUGGAGCUUACAUACCUAAAUAAAUUAAAGGCUCGCAAAGUUGUGCUAGGAGAAGAUGAGGGAACACUGGCUCGUUCUGUCAAAAAUGCUAAAGAGGAACAGUGGAGAGAUGAGAACAAGGAAUUAUUUAUGACCCUUGAUGAUAAAAGAGAGGAUGAUAAAUUAUCCAAUCUUCACGAUGGAGACUCAAAGGAGAAAUUAGAUUUAUUUAGGGAACAAGGUUUAAGUGUUCUUCAGACAGUUUAUAGUGGUUCUAUUAAAGCCCUUCCUUCCAGUUUCAGUUUAAGAACACAGUUUCUUGAGAUACUAGAAGCAACAGAUUUAGCUCAUUCAGAAGAUAUGCGAAAUGAGAUACUUGCUGAUAUGAAAAGGGAUUUCUCAAAAGAACCAACAUAUUGGGAUUGGCUUACAAGACAGGAAGUGAUUGAUUUUAAUGAUCCAGAGACUACUGAACCAAUGACAGCUGAUCAAUUAAGCAGAGCAAUUCAGGUUUAUGAGGAAGGUUUAAAAAUUGUGCCUUCAGCCUCAAUGUUCGAUUGUUAUGCAAAGUUCUUGAUGGAUGUCAUUAAAAAUCAGGGGAGUCAAUCUUCUGAUUACUUCUGUGCAGCUAGUCAUGCUAUGGAUCCUAUUUCACAUCUCUUGGUAGUAUAUGAAAAGGCUGAAACCAUGGGGUGCAUCACACAGGAUCUUGCUUGUCAGUAUGUUUCUUUUCUACUGCAACUUGGGAAAGUAGAUGAAGCUAAGACUUUGGCAGAGAAAUUGUGUUCUGGAAAACUUUCAGAAGCAGUACAGCUAUGGGCUUUACGGUUCUCAAUAGAAUUGAGAUUUAUCCAGAAGAACUGUACUCCAAAUAAGACAGCUCUAUCUUCUAUCUUUGAAACCCUGAGAAACGUUUUAUUGAAAGUUCCCAUAUCAGAAGCAGAAACUAUAUGGCUUAUGGCACUCAAAUAUUUCUCCACUCGUAAAAAGUUCUUUGACAAGUUGGUUGAGACUUCUAAGUCUGUACUGGCCAAAGAUGGUGGAAGUGAUGAUGGGUUUUCCCUCUCUUCUGCCAUCAUCAAUUUUGUUCUGCAAAGGGAUGGACUUGGGAGUGCUAGAGAGUUAUAUAAGAGAUUUCUUGCUUUACCACAUCCAGGACUUUCUUUAUAUAGAAAUUGCAUUGAGCUGGAAUUGAACCUUGCAUCUAGUGGAGAUAAGACUAGUCUUGGAAAUGCCCGAAAAUUGUUUGAAACUGCACUUACAACUUAUGAUCAAGAUGUCGGAUUGUGGCAAGACUAUUAUAAUAUGGAAGUCAAGAUGGGAACAUCAGAAACUGCAGCAGCCGUUCACUGGCGAGCACGGAAAACCCUCAAAAAGAAUCUUUCCCUUCUACCCUCACAAUGAGGGCCCUCACUGGAUAUGUGAUCAAUCUCUGAAUGUGAUAAUAUAAUCAAAUUUUCACUUGGGAAUACUGAGCAAGUAUAACCAAAGUUGUCUCCGGAGGGCUGACUUAUGUGAUAUCUUAUGCGGUACACCAUCUCGUAUUUCAUUGAGCUGCCAAUGUUGAUCUACAUAACAACUUGCAGUAUUGGUUCUCUUUUGAUGACAUACUUUAGGAUCUUAUGUGAUCUGAGUCUGUCAAGGAGCCUAGCUAUAUUCUUAGACAAGCCGUUGCCAGCAAUUGUGAUAUAAAUCUUUGAAGGAGAGCUCUAAUGUCAAACUACUUUGGACGACAAAAUUUUGUAGACUAGCACCUUUAGCUUUGUGUGUCAAACAGACAUUCUACCAUUUUUAUCAAGAAAGCCUUGUAAAAUCCUUUAAACAGGAAUUGAAGAUACCUUGCUUAAUUUUGUUGGUACCUUCCUCGA